GUUUGUAAAAAUGCCUGUGCCCCUCCUCUCCCAGCUGGUUUAGUUGGGCUUUCUGAUGCAGACACGGCUCAAAUGCUGCCGAUUCCUGCCCCUCCUCUCCUUCUCAGGCGUUUUCUUGUAUUUGUUAUGAAGUGACAUCACCCGCAGACACACACACACACACACUCUAACCCAAGCCGAGGAGUGGAGCCGUCCGACGCUUCAGGGCUCGGGCUUGUGCAGUCGAGAGCUACAGGAAUAUGGCGUCCAUAGGAGACUUCGAUCCCCUGCACACCAACAUCCCGGCCACCAAAGUGGAGAUCACCAUCUCAGGCAGGAAUCUUUUGGACAGAGAUACAUUUUCUAAGUCGGAUCCAAUUUGUGUUUUAUAUUUACAAGGAAUUGGGAACAAAGAAUGGAGAGAGUAUGGAAGAACAGAAGCUAUUGACAAUACAUUGAACCCAGAUUUUGUGAGAAAAUUUCUUCUUGAUUACUUCUUUGAAGAACGCCAGAAUCUCCGAUUUGAUCUGUAUGAUGUUGAUUCAAAGAGUUCGAAUUUAUCUGAACAUGACUUUCUGGGUCAAGCGUUCUGCACAUUGGGAGAGAUAGUUGGUUCGCAGGGAAGCAGAUUGGAAAAACCUCUUGUGGGAAUUCCUGGAAAGAAAUGUGGAGCAAUAAUUCUCACAGCAGAAGAAUUGAGCAAUUGCCAUGAUAUUGUGGCGAUGCAGUUUUGUGCCAACAAAUUAGAUAAAAAGGAUUUCUUUGGAAAGUCGGAUCCUUUCCUUGUAUUUUACAGAAGCAAUGAGGAUGGAACGUUUACCAUUUGUCACAAGACAGAAGUUGUAAAGAAUACAUUAAACCCAGUGUGGCAGGCUUUUACAAUUCCUGUGCGUGCACUCUGCAAUGGGGACUUUGACAGAACUAUCAAAGUGGAAGUGUACGACUGGGACAGAGAUGGAAGCCAUGAUUUUAUUGGGGAAUUCACCACUAAUUACAGAGAACUUUCCAGGGGACAGUCACAGUUCAAUGUGUAUGAGGUGCUAAAUCCAAAGAAGAAAGCAAAGAAGAAAAAAUACAUAAAUUCUGGAACAGUAACAUUGCUUUCCUUUGCAGUUGAAACUGAGUGCACGUUCCUUGAUUACAUUAGAGGAGGGACACAAAUCAAUUUUACAGUGGCUAUUGAUUUUACAGCAUCUAAUGGUCAUCCUGCCCAACCAACCUCUCUCCAUUACAUGAACCCUUAUCAACUUAAUACUUAUGCCAUGGCAUUGAAAGCUGUAGGAGAAAUCAUUCAGGACUAUGACAGUGACAAGAUGUUCCCAGCCUUAGGAUUUGGUGCCAAAUUGCCUCCAGAUGGAAGAAUUUCACAUGAAUUUGCAUUGAAUGGAAAUCCUCAUAAUCCAUAUUGCCAAGGAAUUGAUGGGGUUAUGGAAGCUUACUAUCGGAGUCUAAAGUCUGUGCAACUCUAUGGACCAACCAACUUUGCCCCUGUAAUUAAUCAUGUAGCAAGGUAUGCCGCCUCUGUAAAGGAUGGUUCGCAAUAUUUUGUCCUUCUUAUUUUAACUGAUGGAGUCAUCUCAGAUAUGGCACAGACAAAAGAAUCCAUUGUCAAUGCUGCUUGUUUUCCAAUGUCGAUAAUUAUUGUUGGGGUUGGACCUGCAGAAUUUGAUGCAAUGGAGGAAUUAGAUGGGGAUGAGAUUAGAAUAUCAUCGAGAGGAAGAUAUGCUGAGCGAGACAUCGUUCAGUUUGUGCCUUUCCGGGACUACGUUGACAGAACUGGAAAUCAUGUGCUGAGCAUGGCUCGACUUGCAAAGGAUGUCUUAGCUGAGAUUCCGGAACAAUUUCUCUCUUAUAUGAAAUCAAGAGGAAUUAAGCCUUCUCCUGCUCCACCCCCAUACACUCCCCCAGGUUAUCCUUUGCAGACACAGCUUUAACAGAGGCUGAUUCCAACAUUCCCAGUUGUCACUGUUGACCUGAACCAUUUUGAGUGGCAGAUUCCACUUUUUUUUUAAAUCAGGUUGCUCUACAAAGACUUAUGGAUGUUGUCAGCUCACCACUCAGAAAGCAUCCAAGAGUUUCUGCUGGGCUUCAGAUUGCAUGCUGUCAACAGUACUGUCAUCAGGCAAAGACUAGAGAGAGGGUGCAUAAAGAAAAUAAUUGAUUUCUUCAAGGCGGAGAGAAGAUCCUUGCGCCUCAUAGCUCAAUCAUCUCCUUUGAAACAAUGGGAAUUGUGGACUUUGCUGAAGAAGCAGAUGCUUUUUCAAAAUUGUUCUGACAGGGCAAUGAUAAAAGUUUGUUUGAAAAUUAAUGGAAAUUGAAGUCCCAGCUUGUUGUAAAUAACUGAUAAUGGCAGUUCUUAUUCUUUGAAUGUUUACAUGUUGACUCUUUUUACAAUUGAAUCAUUUUUCUAAACAUAUACUUCCUGUAAACACAGUUUUAAAUAUUGUUACAAUGGUGGUUUGCUAGGUGUUACACCUCUAUUUACUAAUGAUUAACUCAGAUGGAGGGUCCCCGUUCUAGUGCAUUAGUGAUCCUCAAACAAUCGGCCACAUGAUCUGGUCAGUAGUUAGUUAGCCUGACUGCUUCCUAGUGAUUACUACCUGAAAUUGCACCUCAAAAAUGACAGCCUCCCAACCAACUCUCAAUUGGCCAGCCCUUUUAUUGUUUCAAUUUAUGUGACAGCAAAAAUGCUUUACUAUGAAAAUAAAGCCUUGGGAGAAUGGAGAAAAACUGAGGAGUAAUUGGAAAAUAGCAAAAAUAUUGACAAUGCAGGCAUUGCAGUCUAAUCCAUAACAUUUUUGGGAGCAAGAAACUGUUUGAUUGAGGAAGACUGGAUAGGUUUGAGGACCACUAUACACACCAUGCCAAUAGUGUGCAAGCCUGAGCGCGUCAGGUAAAUGUGCCAGAAAAGUAACUGCACAGGUAUAUGUUCUUGUGCUCAUUUAUUAAGUUCUCCAUUAUUUUGUAUAUGCUUGUUCAGAUCUUACAGCACGUGCCCUAGCUGCAUGGACACUUUUUUGGAAGAGAAAUGCACUUUUGUGAGUAGUGUGCUAGAUUAAAUUCAGUAACAAUAUGGCCUUAAAUUCUCAGUAAAUACUUACAAUGACUUUUUUGCAUUUUGCCUUUGGAUAUUGAAAAAUGUGACAUGUUUUGGAACAUUUUUUGUGCCAAUACCGUAGUUGCUUUUUAAUUUUUCCACAGGAGUAGAAACUUGUUGCUUAGUUUAUUUACUAUUUUGCAUUUUAUGGAAAUUUUGAACAUUAUAGUUUCAAUAACAAACAACUUACAACUUCUGGAUUUGCAGGGCAAUGUCAGAAUAUGUGACAAAACUUGUUCUGUAGCUGUAAAUCACUUAACUGGAAAAAUUGUUUUUUAAUGGAUUACCUACAUUCCUUCAUAUAUAAGUACAUCAGAAUGCAGCCAAACAUAAAAUUUACACUUUUCGUACCAAAAAAUUCAAAUUACUUUGAAAAAUAAUAGAAAUGAGAAAAGAUAAAAAUUGUGUUCAUGAAAUGAUUAAAUGAUUGUUGGAUUUUGUAUUCCUUACACAGUCACUAAAUUACAUUUGUGCCACUUGUACUGGGCCAAAUCCCUUUUUGUAAUCUUAAAAGAAAUUGUAAUUUUUUAAAAAAACUAGAUUUAGCUCUGAUUUAAACCUUUUAUGCUCAAUGUCACUGGGAAAGAUGGGACCAAGUAUGCUUCACUACUUAGAGCAUUCAUGAAAAUUCAAUUAUUUUGUGACACUUUUCAUGUUGCUGCAGAUAACUGACAGCAGUAAAAGCGCAGCAGUGUCAUCAUCUCAUUAGUCAGUAUGUUUUGCCAACAAAAGAAAACAGUUAUAGCAAGAAAAGUCUCAAAUUUGAUGUAACAAGAACCUAAAUAAAUCCUAUGUUCUCAUUACUUCCCUUUGCCACACCCCCAAAAGAAUGAAGGUAGUAAGUAGGGGCAAAACAAAACUUCUCAUAUUGCUGACAUGUGUGAACUUAGCCCUCUAGAGAUAAGAUGCCCUGUCACCUUAUUGCAGAUGUACACUGCAAUCCAAUACAAUAUCCAUUUAAACUCAAUUACAACAUUUCUAUUUAUUCAUAUCAAGCCAGCUCUGAUACUAAUGUGAAAUUGAGUCCACUAAUUUUGUUGAAUUACAUUACUAGGCUUUCUGUUGCUAUAAAUGUCCUUUUUAAAACCUUUGUUCUUCAUAUUUUGUUUAUUGGUUAUCAGUUAUGAUUUUAGGAUCAAUUCUGAAAUUAACAAUUAUGUUUAUCUUUGUUUCUAAAAAUUACUAUUUGAAAAGUUUUAAGAAGUAAGUGUCAUUGACAGUGGCUAGUUUUUGUUAAAAAGGCAUGUACCAAUUCAAAUCUUGUAAUUACGUACAAUUUGAUUAGUAUUGAUAAAUAGUGAUUUUCAGAAUCUAUUGUGCUCUGAAUGUUUAACACCAAAUAUAUUGCUAUAUGCUUUGUAUUCAAUAUCGUACAAACUGUUUUCAUGAGAUCUUAUAUUGUCUAUCUACAGAAGUAUUACAUAUUAUUUUAACACUGAGUAAAAACGCAAAAUUAGAUAUAACUGAUACUUAUUUUUUACAUUAUUUAGUGUAAACAGUUAUUGGCACCAGUGAAGUUGUACAUUGAUUAUCUUAAUGAAUGCUAAAACAAUAAUCAUUACCUUUCUUUUAUAGUUCGCACUCUAGGUAUCAUGUGACAAAGUAUAAUUAAACAGUAUACUACUGUGUCAUCUCAAAGAUGUGAGGAAUAACUGACGGUCUACAUUCUUUAUCUGACAAAUAGUACAGAUAACUGGAUGAUUGUUGAACAGUAAAUAUAUAUUUCAAUGGUUGCCAAACUUUUGUGUUGCCAACAUAACUUAAGAGUAUUUAAAAUACCAAAUCACAAUCUGUACAGGUUCCUAUAACAGCACAGCUAUCACAUUGUGCUUUGGAAUAACUCAAAAUCAGCAAUUACAACUCCAGAAAUCUAGACUGGCUUUUCGUUGUUACCAAACAGAAAAUUCUGGCCAUAUCCAACAUUUUAGACAGCAUCUGUGGAAUGCAAACUGGUUGACUUUCAGACUUAUCACUUGAACUAGUUUAUGGAAAGACCAUCAAUAUGAAAUGAUUUUUAUCUUUUCACACCACAGGUGCUGCAUAUUUCUAGCAUUUUCUGUUUUUAUUUUUGAUUUCCAGAAUCUGCAAUAUUUACCCUUUGAUUUGGGCAUUGCCAGUUGUCAUUUAAAUAAGAAAAACUUAAUUGAUCUAGACUCGCUGAGAAAUGUGCUUUCUCGUCAUAUCGAACUUUGUUUUUUCUUACAGAACUGAAUUUUCAUUCAUGCCUAGAGUCCAACAAAAGAAACCGAUCACGGAAAUUGUCCACAGUAGCUCAGAUCUUACAUGUGCUAUGGAAUGUUACUAAGUAGAAUAUCUGAGCUAAGAUGAAACAAAAUAAUAAAAUCCUAUAAGUGCCAGCAUAAAAUUAAUGUAUUUCAUUUUUUAAAGCUUUGUGUUCUCUCAUUUUUAUUAACAUAUGUGUGAUAAUAAAACUUGCAGUUGUGAGACAAGUAAAUGUUUCCUCUUUUCACCCAAGGAUGUGCUGUGUUCUCCAGUUAGAUACAGUACAAAUUGCCUACUGCCAAUUGUAACAAAUAGCUUCCUUAUACUGCUGUAAUAAUGUACCAAACUGCCCUUUCCUGAUCCUGUUAUAAAUUCAGCUUUCAAACUACCACUAAUGUAGUGACUAUUGCCAGCAUCUAAAAUAGUCAGUUUAACUUUCAGCUUACAAUGCCAGACAAGAUAUUAAGAUAAUAAAUCAGAGAUAACUUGAUAGUCACAAUUUAUUUUACUAACCCCUCCAUUCGUGAUGUUGCAAAUAGUUGAUGAUAAUGUGCCAAAAGAAUAAAUCCAUUUUCAUUCACUUU